UAAGGAAAAUAUCGAUGGUGCUAGCUCCUAUGUAGAAUAAUAAAUAAGAUACUCUAAGUAAAUAUUUGGAAACAUUAAUUUUAAAAUAUUCAUUUGUGUUUAAAAAACAUGCUUCUGCACGAAAUUACAUAAAAUCGCAAAUGAUAAGUAUCCUUUAAUUAACAAUUAUGCAGGAAAAAGGAUAUCCUUUUAACCACUUUUGGAUACAAAUUUCAAUGGAUAAUUUGUAAUCUGUGAUGACUGGGAAAUUAAAUUGAAAUUGGUGUGUGAGCAUAGUAUAACGCAAGUGGUUAUGCUUUAAGUGUAAGGGGGAUAAAUUUCCUCCAAAGCCAGUGAUAUGGUAACUAUGAAUUCCGAAAAGGCUGCUGCUAAGCGAAAGCCAGAGGCUAACAAUGGGGGAUGUACUGGAGUGACCAGUAAUGAAGAAACAAUUCCGAUUGCACAGCCUUCCACCUCUGAGGAGUCACCAAACCACCUGCUUUACAAAAAAAUGGAGAAAAUUGUUGAAAAAAUGCAAGAUGAGACAACUGGCGUGCCAGUUCGCACAGUGAAAAGUUUUAUGUCGAAAAUACCGUCAGUUUUUACCGGUUCCGAUCUGAUAAUGUGGAUGAUGAAAAACCUGGACGUCGAGGAUCAGCAGGAGGCGCUGCAUCUGGCGCAUCUCAUGGCCGCCCACGGUUACUUCUUUCCAAUCGACGAUCACAUGCUCACUGUUAAAAACGACAGCACCUUCUACAGAUUUCAAACGCCAUACUUUUGGCCGUCCAACUGUUGGGAACCGGAAAACACCGACUACGCCGUGUAUUUGUGCAAGAGAACGAUGCAGAACAAGACGCGUUUGGAACUGGCCGAUUACGAAGCCGAGAAUCUUGCCCGUUUGCAGAAGAUGUUCUCGAGAAAGUGGGAGUUCAUAUUCAUGCAGGCCGAAGCGCAGAGUAAAGUCGACAAGAAGCGGGACAAGUUGGAAAGGAAGGUGCUAGACAGUCAGGAGAGAGCCUUUUGGGAUGUGCAUCGCCCCAUGCCCGGUUGUGUAAAUACUACGGAAAUUGAUAUUAAGAAAGCUUGCCAGAUGAACAAGCCAAUUCAUGGCGUUAAAAAUAUGCAUGUGGGCCCACCAAGGAUGUCACCUUCAACAUCUGGGAACAUCAGCAAAGUGACAACUGUGGAAGCCGUCAAGAAGCAAAUAUCACUUCUUAAAUCACGACUUGAAAGAAGAAACAUUAAAGUGUCAAAAGCAGCGGAAUCAUUCGUUGCGUACUACGAACAGUAUUUAGAGUACGAUUGCUUUUUCGUCGCUCCUGAAUACCCGAACCCGUGGAUUGCCGACAAUCCAGAACUGUGGGAACAGGAGAAACAGGCCAAAGACAUAUCAGCACGUAGAGUGAAACGUUGGGCUUUCAGCCUGCAGGAACUGUUGCAAGAUCCGGUCGGUCGCGAUCAUUUCGUACGGUUCCUGGACAGGGAGUUCAGCGGCGAGAAUCUCAAGUUUUGGGAGGCGGUGCAGGAACUGAAGGCGUUGCCCCACAGCCAGGUGCAGAACAAGGUGGCGGAGAUCUGGGCCGAGUUCCUCGCGUCGGACGCUAGUUGUCCGAUUAACGUCGACGCGAGGUCCUACGAGGUCACCAAAAAGAACAUGGAAGUACCUGACCGAUGGAGCUUUGAUUGUGCAGCGGCUCACGUUUAUCAUCUUAUGAAAAGCGACAGCUACUCUCGAUACCUGAGGUCGGAAAUGUACAAAGAAUUCCUUAACGGUUCAAAGAAAAAGACAUCGGUAAAAGGAAUCCGUUCAAUAGUGUCGUUUUCAGCACGCAAAGACAACAUAACAUAGAUUACGUUGCAAAGGAAAAAAUCAUGUAUUCUAAUUGUGACUUAUCUAAUUGAUAAGAAUCUAUCGACAAUACAAAUACUGUCAUUGGCAGAUAUUUAAUUAUUUUCUCAUUUCACUGAUUGUGAUUUAUUGAACAUUUUUGAACAAAUGAUAUUGUGCCAUAGUAUUAUGGGAUUAUAUGGCAAAAACUAAUAUAUUGAAAAUGAUAUUCUUGAGAUAAUUAUUUAUGGUUAUAGUGACUCAGUAAGUUGUUAAAUACUUUUGUGUUAAAUAAUAUCAUUAGACUCUUAAUGUGUAAAUGUUUAAAACUCAACAUGUAAAUAAAGAGAAUAAUGAAAAUAUACGUUAUUAGGCGAA